CAAAAAGGAGCCUCGAUUAUUUUCCCUUUUCCAUUUUCCCUCGGCUCCACGGCCUGUCUUUGUCGACCUUGAUCCCGAUCCAAACCACCACUUCUUGGUCCUUCUAUUCUUGUUGUUGUUGUUCUUGUCCUUCUCCUUCUUCUCCAUGUCGCGGUGGCGUUCGAUCCGAACUUGAUGUUAUCCUCGUUUCAGCUGGCGCUACUUCGCAAUGGCCUGCGACUCGCCUUCCACGCCUCGCUGGCCCUGAGCCUGCUCCUGACCACCUACCUGUACUUGUAUCCUGCCUUUCUCACCUGCGCCUUCCCACUGCCGCAAUCCAGUGCGUCGAGCUCACCCAUCGGUGGCAAUGGCCGGCUGGCUGCGUUCCUCGAGACGGCAAAGCUCCACCUACCCUUCGCCGAGUCUGCCACGACGACACGAGUCGAAGAUGCCAACGGCCACAUCAGACCGCUGCGAGUAGCCCCCUUCCGGCUGCUGGCGCUCGGCGACCCGCAGCUCGAGGGCGACACGUCCAUCCCCAACUACUACGCCGAGUCCUCGUUCCCACACCUCAAGAGCUUCUACUCCCUCCUCGUCUCCCGCACCGACGACCACCCUUCCUUCCGGUCGAGCAAGAAACAGGCCUUCCACGACCUCGUCGACUUCUGGUUCGACGACAUCCCCAACACCUUCGAGAGCGUGCGCAAGAGGAUCGACCUGUGGGGCAACGACCUCUACCUCGCGCACAUGUACCGAACCCUCAGCUGGUGGGCCGUCCCAACACACACCGCCGUCCUGGGCGACCUGGUCGGGAGCCAGUGGAUCUCGGACGCCGAGUUCGAGCGCAGGGCAUGGCGCUACUGGAACCGUGCCUUCAGCGGCGCCCAGCGCGUGCCCGACGAGAGCGCAACGUGGCCGGCCGCCGAGUACGACCUGGACGGGCACCUGGGCAAGGCCCUCUACGACGAGACGUGGCGGCGGCGCCUCCUCAACGUCGCCGGCAACCACGACAUCGGCUACGCGGGCGACCUGACCCCCGAGCGCAUGGACCGCUUCGAGCGCGCCUUCGGGAGGGCAAACUACGAGCUGCGCUUCGAGCUGCCCGCCGCGCUGCUGUCCCCCGCCGGCGCGGGCACCAUCCGCAACGACACCGACAACGGCCAGGCGGACCGCCUGGUCCCCGAGCUGCGCGUGGUCGUCCUCAACGACAUGAACCUCGACACGCCCGCCGUCUCGGCUGACCUGCAGGACCAGACCUACCGCUUCGUCAACGGCAUCAUCGACACCGCCACGGCCGUCGAGUUCAGGGGCCACGCCACGGUGCUGCUGACCCACGUCCCGCUGUACAAGCCCGAGGGCGUCUGCGCCGACGCCCCGCUCUUCACCUUCCACGAGGGCGACGGCUCCCUGCGCGAGCAGAACCAGCUGUCCGCCGACGCCUCGCGCGGCAUCGUCGAGGGCGUCUUCGGCCUGAGCGGCGACCCGGGCGCCCCGGGCGGCGGCAUGGGGAGGCGCGGGGUCGUGCUCAACGGCCACGACCACGAGGGCUGCGACACGUACCACUUCAUCAACCAGACCGCCGACCACCACCCGGCAGAGUGGGAGGUCCGCCGCUUCCCCGAGGCCGCCGCCGCAGGGCUCCCCUCCCACCCGCGGCUCCCCGGGCUCCGGGAGCUCACCGUCCGCAGCAUGAUGGGCGGCUACGGCGGCAACGCGGGCCUGCUGAGCGCGUGGUUCGACGAGGACGAGUGGGGGUGGCGGUUCGAGUUUGACAACUGCGCGCUGGGGACGCAGUACGUCUGGUGGGGCAUCCACGCGCUCGACCUUGUUACUGUCGGUAUCGGGCUGGCGUAUGCUGCUGCUGUCUGGCUUGUUGGGGAGAAGAAGGGGGAGGCGGCUGGGGCUGGGGCUGGGAAGACGCCGGCGGUUGGUGCGAAGGGCAACGGCGCGGCGCUGGGCCCCGGGCAGCACGGAGAAGCUGGGGUUGGGCAGGUAAAGGGGGAGGGACAACCAUCUGUGGCUUCAUGACCGCGGGAUUCGGGGGGAGGGUGGAACAGUGUCAAUAGUUUUGCACAUAUAUACCCUAGCAUUUUUUCUUUUUUUGCAUACUCUGUUUAGAAGCCGCUGUAUAACUUGAUCUGGGGUUUCACUUGGAAGCGACGGGCCGUUCGCAGGGCUGGGUGCAUGAUUAAGCGCGUUGGGUUCAUCAAUGUAGGUAGGUAUUUAACCAACUAACUGGUUCCGGCCGUGGUCAAGGUCUUGCGUGUCAUAGGAGAAGCCACCAUGCACUAAUCUGUCUGCCAAGAUCUGACUGAUAAAGAUAUAUGUGAUCAUGCCGUAAAGUAAUUCGAGGUCCACCAACUGAUUACAUCGCCCUGCCGGUAUAUCCACCCCCCUCGUGCUGUUAGCCGACGGAGGAGGGAGGUAUUGCUUGGACUGAGGCGCGUAUCUGUUGUCCUUAUUUUCUCUUCCUCUUUCUUGGUACGGAGGGGGGAGGGCUAGUAGGUGUGGUUGGCCUAUACUAGGUACCUAGGUAGACGCUUUUGGAUCGGA